AUGGCCCUCGCCACCACCUUCUACAACACCUUGGUCAAGCGCAAUAGCGUCUACGUGACCUCCAUCUUCGCGGGCGCUUUCGCGUUCGGCAUCGGAUUCGACGUUGGAAUUACCGCGCUCUGGGAUACCUGGAACAAGGGUAAACAAUGGAAGGAUAUCCGCGCAAAAUACAUUGAACAGGACGAGUAG